UUUUAUCUUGUAUUUUUAUCUUUCAUGUCUAUGUAUAUUUCAUUCCUUUUCAUCUUCGUAAAGCCCCCUUUUUGAAAUUUGUAAUCUCGUACCUGCUGGUGUUCAUGACGCCGAUCAUGAUAAAUACAUUGACGAGGGUGGCCAUCUGCAACCUUAACACGAUUCUAUUUUUUUCGUGGAUGCAUCGACGCGAGGAGCGGCGCGGGGAGCGUCGUGAAAUGACGCAAUUCUCGUUUCGUUCUCGCGUGUCGUGGACGAGGUGGAGGCGGUCGCGGCGAAGAGGGAUACCGAGGAGAGGAGAGGAGAGCCCGGACACUAAGAAGAAGAAGAAGAAGAAGAAGAAGAAGCGGUGUCGGCAGUCGGGCAAGCAGAACCGUACGAACCUCGAUCGCGAUCGCAUCGUCGUCGCGUAUCCUCCCUCUCGCACGCGCGUACGAAGAAAAAAAAAAAAGAAACGACUCGUUAGCGAGCCAGAUUUUUCGAUCGACGAAUUAGCGAUACCGCAAGUCGGAAAGCAGAACCGGAAGGGCGCCAACAGCUGCAGCGACCAUGGUUUACGAGAGUGACUUCUACACGACCCGGCGACCCUACUCGCGGCCGCUCGUUUCUUCCUACAGCGUCACGUUGUUCGACGAUGAAACGAAGGACAUUCGCGCAAAAGUGGAUUCUCUUCUUCGACGUGUCCAUGUGUUCGUGCCAAGGGCAAUGGCAAGGUAUCCGACGGAAGCAAAAUGCGACUUCCUGGAGGCGAUCGUGCCGGAACGAAUGCGCAGUCACGAUUACGUCCGCCGAUUACUGACCGGCCGCAAAAACGCGAAGAGGGAGCUGGACUACGUGAGCUGGUACGAUGUGCCCGAUCGGGGCAAUUUCGGCACCCUGGCGUGUAUCAAGUACGUCGCCGGCACACCGCAAUUCGUCAGGAAGCCAUACUUCAAGGUUGCGGACCUUCGGCCGGCUGACAUCCGCAACGACGUCAACUUCCUCAGCUACUACAGCAAGAACCGUCAGGCGGCCGCGACUGCCUCCUCCGGUCAACCAAUGACAGAACGAGAGAUGCGAAAGGUACGCGCAUUAGGCGGCGAUUCAACGGCCCGAGAAAAAAAAGUAAGUCUCCAUAUAAAAUGGAAGAAUUCACAUAAAUACCCUUGUGUCACUUGUCCGUUCAUGUCCAUCCUGUACACGUCCAUAGCUUCCGCUCCGGAAUCGGAAGAAAAAGAGAAGAAAGCGAAGAAGAAGCCGGAGAGAGAGCCGGAACCGGAGCCCGAGCCGGUAAGAGAACCUGAACCGGUGCCCGAACCGGUACCCGAACCUGCGAAAGAACCGGAACCGGUUACGGAACCUGCAAAACCGUCAAAGCCGGCGAAGGGGACGAAAGCUGCGAGAUCGGCAAAAUCUGCGAAAAUGGCCGAACCGAAGGCGGAACCUGCACCGGAACCAGAACCCGUAAAAGAGCCAGAGCCUGAGCCGGUGCCGGAACCAGAACCGGUAAAAGAACCGGAGCCUGUUUCAGAGCCGGAACCGAUAGCAGAAUCAGAGCCGGAAGCACCGGUUGCAGAGGAGGCGCAACCGACCGAAAGUGCGGAGGCCGUAAGUGACGAAGCUAAGGAGGAAGAGCAAGAAAAGGUGAAGCAAGAUAGAGAAGAUGCCAUAAAGAGGGCCGAGGCGUAUCUUGCCAAAGCGGCUCGGGAAGCGCAAUCGGACGAGGAGAGGCAGAAGGCUGCGGAGGAGGAACGGCUGCAGCUCGAGAUGGAAGAAAAGAAAGCGUGGGAGGCACUGCAACUUGCGCAGGAACGGAAAGCUGAGCUUUCUCACAUACUGGAAAUCGAGCAGCAGGAAGCCGAAAGGAAGGCGGAAGAGGCAAAACUACAAGCUGAACGUGAGGAAAUAGAGAAAAUAGAAGAGAAAGAAAGAUUAAUUAACCAGGCAAAGCUCGACGCUCUUGUACAGGAGCAAGAACGACUGAUAGUUGAGGAACAACUUGAAGAGAUUCAAAAUCGAAAGCAGGAACAGGAAGAGGCAGAUGUCGCACAGCUUGCAGCUAAUGAAAAUAAAGACGUCAGUUCCGCCGAGGAUCCGGCGGAUCUUGGCGAAAUAACCGAUCAGGAAAAGGAAGAGAAACCUUGCGAUGUUACCACGGAUGACGAAACACGAGUUGAAGAAGAGAAUGUUCACGAAGAGGAGCAAUUGGAAACGACCGAAGCUCCGUUCGUCGAGGAGCCACAAGGAGCCGAAAGCAAGCCACAAACGGGGCUGACGGCGGCUGAAGAUGGACCGCAGAUCGAGGAGGUUACUUCCGGCGAGGAAUUUGAAUGGGGUGAUCAAGACUGGUAAUCAAGUCGGUCUGACCGUCGGUUCGGACCGUUUCGCGGCAUCGAUGGACCAGGUUCCUUCAUCGUCAUCGUUAACGCUAGGAUUUAAUGCUGAGCUUCGUCUAUCAUCUUGUCCGCGAAAUGUCAUUUAGUCAGUUAUCAUCACGGAUGAUCAGUGAGACGUCGAUCGGUGACACGACGAGGAAAUUUGAAUUUUCUUUUCAUUAAUCCAAUUUCCCUAUUUAUUUAUUUAUUUAUUUAUUUAGUUAAAAUGCACACGAAGUGUGCAUUUCAGUAUCACGUUUUCCAUCAGCGCACAUUUCCAUCACGCAGUCAAUUUCACGCGUCACAUUGUAUAUUGUAUCCGUAUAUUAGCGCAGCAAACUCGCGCGGAUCGAUGCAAGUUAAAAAACUGUGGAAUUUCGGAUAGCUAUAUCUUCCCGCUAGCUAAUCUAAGAAAAACCGAUUGGAGAUCUCCGCCCGCGAUCUCCCGCGAUCCGCGCGUAUUUAUUUCAUUAUUGACCGCGCGCACCCCUUUCACAUUAUAUCCCAUGCUGAGAGAGCGGCAACCCGUAGAUCGAGUCCAACCCGAGUAUCGAUUUCCGUUGGUCUGCCGGUAGUGGUGAUUCGUUUAUAGCCUCGGAUAGUAAUCGGGUAGAAAUAUCGCGACAUAUUUUAGCCGUUCAUUCGACAGUCGUGCAGUCGAGCUGGCUUCGUCGUUGUCGUCGUCGUCUAUUUUUACAGUAACAGCAACUUCGAGUUUCAAGCCAUGAAAUUGGUUUGACUACGAUUGUCCGAGCGAUCGAUCGGAUGAUGGACGAAGAUUCCGGAAAUAAUCGCGAGCACGAUUUGAAGAAUUAGCGGCCAUCUCACGACGACACAUCGCUCGGAAAGUGGCAGUCUUUUAGCACUCUAUUUAUGUUAGUAUUAUUUAUUAUUAAAAAAAAGAUGCUAUAUAUAUUAUAAGAGUGUGGUAAUAAUAAGGAUCCAAUAAUAAGGAGUCUCUUUUCACCUUGAAAACGAAGAGAGAGUGGAAAAGCUCGUCUUUUCCAUAAGAAGCGUCACGAAAA